CAAACGCCCAGAAUAUCGCAGAGUCGAAGAGAGAGAAACACCAAGGUUUUUGUUCGAAAAUGGCGAGUUUGAGUUCAAAUGAUGAAGUUGUUUCGUUGGAGCUUCCUGCACCUGAAGGAUGGAAGAAGACGUAAAGUUUUCCAUACUAAGGCCAAAGCUUCAUGUCUGAGAAACAUUUGUUAUGACGUCUUAAAGACAGUUUCUGAAGGCUGAAACUUUAUGAGGAGGGGAAGAGUUAAAUGACACGAGUCGAGUUCUUGCCAAAGAAAGCAGGGACACCAAAGAAAAACGAGAUUGUGUUCACUGCGCCAACUGGUGAAGAGAUCACCACAAGGAAGCAGCUGGAUCAAUACCUAAAAGCACACCCUGGCGGGCCCAAAAUCUCAGAAUUCGACUGGGGAACCGGCGAAACACCGAGGAGGUCUUCAAGAAUCAUUGAGAAAGUCAAGCAAGCUCCACCACCGGUUGAAACCGAACCAGUCAAGAAAAAACCUAGACGGUCUUCUGCUUCAAAGAAGGACAAAAAAGACAAAGAACCCGAAGAAGAUGAAACCCCAGAGAAAGUGAAAGAGAAAGAGAAAGAUAUUGAAAUGCAGGAAGCAGAAAAACCUGAUGAUGACAAACAAAAAGAAGAUGAAACCCCAGAGAAAGAGAAAGAUGUUGAAAUGCAGGAAGCAGAAAAACCUGAUGAUGACAAACAAAAAGAAGAGGCUUCGGAAAAAACUACAACGGAAGACAGCGAGAAGCAAGACAAGGACACAAAUGUCCCUCUGGAAGGUGAAGAAAAGGACGAAAAUGCCCUCAAGGAAACUGAAGGAAAAGCCGAGAAAGAUGAAACUCCUGUUGAAGGCGUGUGUGAAAUUCCAAAUAUGCCCCCACCAGAGGAGGAAGCUAAGCCUGUGAAUGAGGUUGCUAAUGUCAAUGAAGCCAAUGAGAACAACAAAGGAGAAACCCCAGUGGAAGAAACUAAGCCUGUGAAUGAGGUUGCUGAUGUCAAUGAAGCCAAUGAGUACAACAAAGGAGAAACCCCAGUGGAAGAAACUAAGCCUGUCAAUGAGGUUGCUGAUGUCAAUGAAGCUAACGAGAACAACAAAGGAGAAGUUCCGGCUGCACAAGAUCAAUACAAGAGCGAGAAUGAUGGUGCCAAUGUUACUGCAGAGACUGAUAUCGGUAUUUUCACCACCACUGCUGCUGCUGCUGCUCCUGAUGCGGAAGGGCAAAGGGGUCAUCUGACUGAUGAGGAUAAAGAGAGAGAAGCGAACAAGAAUGAAGGAGGGGAAGCGGCGUUCGAGAAUGGCUGUCGUGUGGAGUCCCAACCAUGGUAAAGAUAGGGUAACAGGCGGUGGUGGUACUUUUCUAUCACUGGCAGCUUGACAUGUAGAAUCAGUCGGACUGUAUGCUGUUAAUGUUUCUACAGUUGAUACAAGAACAUAUCGUGUACUUAUAAUGUUUGCAUAGUGUUGGGGGUCGUCAUGGUAGGCGACUUCUUGUGUUGUGUUUACAUCUAUCAUAGGAUUGUGUCCGUUUGUUGUUUCAUUCUAGGGGAAUUGUAGGUUGCAGAUAUCAUAAUACUUGUAACUUUAUGUAAUAAGUAAUCCUUCACUUUCCCAUCUUUUUUUUCCACUA